UUGGUCGCGCGAUCAUUCCACUCAUUUUUUUUUUCGUUUUAAAAAUAUAUUCUCCACUGUCAAAAUUCUGGGAUUGUCCUAUUCCCAGUUUGUUUUUUUGUUGUUGUUGUUUGUUGGUAUUAUGUAUGUGCUUUUGCCUAAUGUUUUGUGUCAAUGUAUAUUGUUGGUUGGUUGGUGUGUGUGUGUGUAUCAGUUUUUGGAAUUGUGUCAAUUCUCAAUUCCAUUAGGUUAAAGUCAAAAUUGAAUUUGUAAAAAAAAACAAACAAUUUACAAAUAAUGACAACUACAACGACCACCAAUGUUCAAAGUCCAAUCAAUGAUAAAAGUCAUUCGCCUUCAUUAUUAAAUCUACCACAGUCUGAAUUGAGCAAAUUGAUGACAACAUCAACGUUGGUCGAAACUGUUUCAAUCAAUUAUGAAGAUUUUACUGAAGGAUUUCUUACCUGUGGUACCUGUCUUUAUACAUAUGAUGGUGAUGAACAUUCACCAAAAUUAUUACCAUGUUCACAUACAAUUUGUAGAAUUUGUUUGGAAAAAAUUUCAUCCAAUGCAACGUUACGUGAUCCAUCGGGAAAUUUUCGCUGCCCAAUAUGUCGUGAACUAAUUCAGCUGCCUCGUGGUGGUGUAAUGGCUUUUCCACCAUCAUUUUUGGUCAAUCAAUUGUUGGAUUUAGUUGCCAGUCAACGGCGAGAGGUUAUUCCUAAAUGUUCGAGUCAUGUUACCCAAGAGCUUCUUUAUUGUGAACCAUGUGAUCUCGUGUUUUGUAAUCUAUGCACUGGUGACAAGCAUGAUAAUCAAAAUGCAAAUAAUUCUAGCCAUGAUAAUGAUCAUGCAAUUACCAAUCGAGAACAUACGGUGAUACCUUUCUCGAUUGCAAUAAAACGAAUGAGUGAAAUACUAUUAUAUAAAGCGCAACAAUGUAUUAGCAAACUUGAUGAAUCAUCUAGAAAUGUCCUCAGCGAAAUGCAAAAACUUGAUCAGAACACUGAAUUAUCAUUUGAAGAUAUUAAUAGAACAUUCCAAGAGGUAAUCAAUUUUGUAGACAAACGUCGACAAGAGCUAUUGAAUUGUGCCAAAAAAAUUCGUGAGGAUAAACGUAAUGUGUUACGAGAACAGCUUACAAAAAUUGAACUGGAAAAAUCUCGACUUGAAAAAGAAUGUAAUGAAUUUAAAUAUCAAGUCGAAGUUCGUGAUAUAAGCAAAAAGAUUAAUGAUUUGAAAGCAAAAUUGAAUUCGGUAAAUACGAUGCUAGAUCCACGUGAAAAUUGUUUUCUUCGUUUUGAACAUUUACAAAAUUCCACGAAUAAUAUUCAAGAAUUGGUAAAUAAUUUCGGAAGCAUUCGUACAAGUAACACUUUUCCAUCAUUGUGCGUCGCAACCAUUGGUAAAUGUUCUAUUCAUCUUCGAUCGUUUGCUAAUGUAAUCACUUUUGAUUACAAUGGUCAACGGCAGAAAUUUGGCGGUGAUCCUAUCCUGGUUACUUUGGUUCAUAAUAAUUCUCAACAAACCAUUCCCUGUAAACUUAACGAUAAUCGUGAUGGUACUUAUGAGGUACAAUUUGUACCUCAAAAACAUGGUGAUUUUUCAAUGAAAAUCACUAUAUUUGGUCGGCCAAUCAAAACUUAUCCUUUAGAGUUUACCGUUUCUGAACAUAUAAAUCCACUAUGUAUAUAUGGCGGCAAAGGAUUUGAUCAACAUCAAUUCUUUCAACCGACUAGUCUAGCUAUUGAUAAUGAAACUGGUUAUGUUUAUGUGUUGGACACAGGAAACGGACGAAUCAAAAAAUUACUGCAAAAUCAAUGUAAUAAUUCGCCAUUCAGACUCAUCUGUCACAUAGAGGAAAAACAUUUUGAAAAUCGUGCUGCAACGGGCAUAGCUUUUUGCGCUAAUUCUCGAUCUUUACUAGUCACUAAUUGGCGCACUAAAAAUAUUGUUAAAAUUGAUUGUGAUGGAAGAUUCAUUGAAAAAUUUGGUCAUUCCGAAUUGAUUGAACCUACUUGUAUAGCAGUGAAUCCUAAUUCUGGUCAGAUAUUAGUUGCCGAUAAUGCUUCUAAUGCUAUCUUUUUAUUUCAAACAAAUGGUGAAUUUGUCAAAAAGAUUACAACCUGGAUGAAUCCUAAUACCAAGAAAACGGAAUCAUUAGGCGAAAUUAAUGGACUUUGUUUUCAUCCAGAAACUAAUGAUAUUAUUGUAUCAUCGGAAAAAAUAUUAAUCUAUUCAUCGGAUGGUGAAUUUAUUAAACCAAUAGGCAAUGAAUCAUCAUCAUCAUCAUCAUCUAAUAACAAAUUUAAAAAUCAUUUCUACGGUAUUGCAAUUGAUAGAUCAAAUAAUCUACUUGCUGCACGUGCAGAAAAAUCCCGUAAUAUAAUUCAAGUGAUUGAUUAUAAAAAUGGCCUUGUAAAAUUCUCCAUCGAUAGUAAUGAUGCUAAAUUGAAAAGACCCAGUUGUUUAGCAUUGACAAACGAUGAUCAUGUAAUUGUUGUCGAUCUUGGUAAUGAUUGCAUUAAAAAAUAUCGCUAUUAUUAAUUAUCUAAUGGCAAUUUAUCACUCAUAAUUUUUCUUUCUUUCUCUCUUUGAUGUCUAUCUAAAAAAUAAGUGUGUUUGUUUUUUUUUGUUUUUUUUCGUUGUCCUGAUUUCAUUCGGACAAUUUUUAAUUUUAUGUACUUCAUUCCAUCUCAUAAGACCAAUUUUACCUUUUUUUUCUCUCUCUCUCUUGUUUUCAACCAAAAUCUUUUUUUUAGUGUACUUAUCAUUUAAAUUUAAUUUUAUGUGGCAAAAUUAACCAGCUUAAACUAUAA